GUGUCCGAACCCCAUUUGGAAAUGGACUCUGGAUUUCCACCCACCUUCCUGAAUCAAUCGCAGAAUCUCCAUUAACCCAUCAAGGGUUGAGACUUGAAUGGAUAGAUAUGCAGUUGCAGAUAUGUAGGUAGAUGAGAAGGAUACACAAAAAGUGAGCAAAAGGGAGAUAAAACCCUCUCCUCUUUUUUUUUUAAAAAAAGAACUAGUUGGGUUCGUGUUCAGUAUGCACAGAUCCGGAGCUGUAAUGGCUUGGAAUGUUUUCAAGUUUUGUACGGCCCUGCGUGGUCUGGGCUCCAUAAUGAUCCUACUGGUUCUCGGCGUCGUCGGUGUCACUUAUUAUGCUGUCGUCGUUACCAAUUACGGGCCUGCUUUGUAUGACGGUGGUCUUGCUUCUGUCACCGCUCUUGCUGUCUUGAUCUUGUUUCAUGCUCUGUUGGUGAUGCUACUAUGGAGCUACUUUUCUGUUGUUUUAACGGAUCCAGGUUCCGUUCCACCAAAUUGGAGGCCUGUUUUGGAUGAGGAAAGAGGAGAGAGCGAUCCAUUGACAGCUUCGGAGUAUGGUGGAACAGGAAUAGGUGUACAGCAGUCUGCGGUGCUAACUGACCCUGUGAAUCCAAGAGUCCGGUACUGCCGCAAGUGCAACCAGCCGAAACCAUCUCGUUGUCAUCACUGUUCUGUUUGUGGGAGGUGUGUUUUGAAAAUGGACCACCAUUGUGUUUGGGUUGUCAAUUGCGUUGGGGCUCUAAAUUAUAAAUAUUUCCUUCUCUUUUUGUUCUAUACAUUUCUUGAAACAACUCUGGCCACCUUAUCAUUAUUGCCGCAUUUCAUAGCAUUUUUUAGUGAUGGAGAGAUACCUGGAACACCAGGAACCCUUGCAACAACUUUUCUUACAUUUGUGUUGAACUUAGCUUUUGCAUUGAGUGUUAUGGGUUUUCUGAUCAUGCACAUAUCAUUGGUGGCUGGUAAUACCACCACCAUUGAGGCUUAUGAGAAGAAAACCACCCCUAAGUGGCGCUAUGACCUUGGUCGAAGAAAGAAUUUUGAGCAGGUGUUUGGGUCGGACAAGAAAUACUGGUUUGUCCCUGCAUAUUCAGAAGAGGAUCUAAGACGUAUGCCAGCACUUCAGGGACUUGAAUAUCCUUCGAAGCCUGAUCUCGAUGCCCAGGAGUUCUAACAAUCAUUAACGGCGUGAAUCGUGAAAUUCCAUUCUUCAUUUUUGUUGUGAAGAAGGAUUUCAUGCCCU